UCUGGAUAGAAGACAAAUCCCAAAAGAGAAUACCAGUAGACGGACUUGCUAUCAAGCAGACAGCAUUAADAAUCUAUAAACRUAUCCAGGAAAUUGAUCCAGAUACAUCAUCUCAGUCAAAACAACAUGCAUUUUCYGCAAGUACUGGUUGGAUGACUGGUUUUUUAAAAAGACACGCUCUCCACAAUAUAAAAAUUAAGGGAGAAACUGCAUCCGCUGAUGAAUUGGCUGCUAAAUAAUUUCCCGAAAAACUAAAAAAAAUUAUUGAAGAUGGAGAAUAUACUCCAGACCAAGUUUGGAAUUUAGAUGAAAGCGGCSUUUUUUGGAAGAGAAUGCCUAGAAGAACUUAUGUAGCAAAAUCGCAGAAAACAGCCGGUGGUUUUWAAGUAGCAAAGGACCGUAUUACGUUGUUGUUUUGUUCCAAUGCUUCAGGAGAACGUAUUCCUAAGCCACUCCUAGUACAUCGUGCCUUAAGACCACGUUCCAUGAAAAGUGUAGAUUUCAAUAAAUUGCCUAUACACUGGAUGGCGAACAAAAAGGCUUGGGUAACCAGUGCAAUUUUCACAGAGUGGUUUCAGAAGCACUUCAUCCCAGAAGUUAGGCGCUACAUGAAAGAAAAAUGUCUCGAAUUUAAAGUUCUUUUGAUUCUGGACAAUGCACCAGGCCAUCCAGUUUUGGAGCACCCAAACGUACAAUUUUGUUUUUUGCCGCCUAAUACCACUUCCCUUAUACAGCCACUAGACAAGGGGAUAAUUGCUACGUUUAAAACGUAUUACAUAAGAAGUUCAUUUCAUUAUGUUGUAGAAAAACUUGAUAAUUAUGAGGAAUCAUCAGUCAUAGAUGAAUGGAAAAAAUUUUCUAUAAUGGACUGCAUUAAUGAAGUCAAGAUCGCGUUAGAUUUAUUAAAGCCAUCAACUUUGAACUCGUGUUGGAAAAAUAUUUGGCCAGAAUGCGUAAAAUGCAAAGAUCCUGUUAUCGAUAAUAACGCUGAACUU